CAACGCUGUGGACAGCGCACCACCUCCGCCACGGGUGUAGCCCAGCCGAGUGAAUUCAACCAGUGUCAACCUGCUCUAAACGACACUAUGCACUCAACUAGAGCCACACGCAUGUGUACAAACUUGUGGGCUUACUAAACACCGCUUAACGCUAUUCAAUUCAACUUUCCUUAUGGGAUUCUGGCGGGCGAGUAUGAAGAGCGCUUUCAGAAGCUGGAAGUGGCGGUCGGCAGUGACUCGAUAGGCGUUAUAGGAUUUUUCACUCAGAAGGAUGCUGGUGGGAAAUGCCUGGAGACAGAGAGGACGAGAUUUGUGGAAAGGCGCUGGAGCUUCUGUCCGAUCUCUGCUCGAAAGGAGAGGUGCAGAAUGAGAACUGUUUGGAUUUCACCUAUUAUUUUCGCGACCUAGGGAGACCGAGAUAUUCGGACUCGGAUGUUUCUGUGAGCCUAUUGUCCCUUUUGGUGACUACAUGUGGUUUGGCACUGUUUGCCGUCUCCCUCUUUGUGUCAUGGAAGCUGUUGUGGGUUCCAUGGCGCGAUCGCAUCUUGCCCAGCCUAAAGGACCACCAGGGCGAGCAGCAGCCAGUCCUGAACGAGGUGGAGGGCCUGGAACGGGAAUACAGUGAAGACUUUGAGAAGGAUCCCUCCGCCCCAACUGUGCUCCCAGAGUCAGCCAUGAAGAUCAGCCAUACAUCCCCAGACAUCCAGCUGGAGGCUCAGUAUAAGGCCAAGGAGCUCAACCACAUCCACAUAGCUCGCGUACAGCGGCAAGUCACCGAGCCAACCUCAUCUGUCAGGCAUAACUCCAUCAGGAGACAGAUGAAUAUCUCCAACCCCGAUUUCAACAUGGCUCAAUUCCAGAGACAAGAGUCCAUAUCUGGUACAGGCCUGGGCAGUAUCAAGCCUGAGCUUUACAAGCAACGCUCUGUGGAUACAGAUGACGAUAGGCGAGCAGACAGCUGUGGCCGCCUGCAGUUCAUCCUUAAAUAUGACUGUGAUUUAGAGCAGCUUAUUGUGAAGAUCCAUAAGGCCCAAGAUCUACCUGCCAAGGAUUUUACAGGAACAUCGGAUCCCUACGUGAAGAUCUACCUACUGCCAGACCGCAAAACCAAGCAUCAGACUAAGGUGCACCGUAAGACUCUGAACCCCAUCUUUGACGAGGUGUUCCUGUUUCCUGUGGCUUACGGCGAGCUACCAACACGCAAGCUGCAUUUCAGCGUGUAUGACUUUGACCGCUUCUCACGUCAUGAUGUGAUUGGCCAAGUAGUGGUGGACAACUUCUUAGAUCUACCUGACUUUCCACAGGAAACCAGGCUCUGCAGGGAUAUCCUUUAUGUUAGUGCGGAUAAUGUGGAUCUGGGCGAUCUGAUGUUUUCUCUUUGUUAUUUGCCAACUGCUGGGCGACUGACCAUAACGAUAAUUAAAGCCAGAAAUCUUAAAGCCAUGGACAUCACAGGAGCGUCUGAUCCUUACGUAAAGGUCUCUCUAAUGUGUGAUGGUCGGAGACUGAAGAAAAGGAAAACAUCAACAAAACGGAACACGCUCAAUCCAGUCUACAACGAAGCCAUCGUUUUCGAUGUUCCGCCUGAGAACAUUGACCAAAUUAGUCUUUUAAUAGCAGUAAUGGACUAUGACCGUGUCGGUCACAAUGAGGUUAUUGGUGUGUGUCAUGUGGGGUAUAGAGCUCAGAGAUUGGGACGUGACCACUGGAAUGAGAUGCUCACAUACCCACGCAAACCCAUCGCCCACUGGCACCCAAUUGUAGAGUGGGUUGCCCAAAGCACGACUGGUGGUAGUCAAGGAUCCUGUAACUCCCUGAGGACACCUCCUUCCCCAUAAUGGAUGUUGUGGAGUUUCAGCCAUGGAGAAACCGGCAUGGUCCAAUUCAAAACAUUAAUGAAAAGGAGAGAAAGCAAGACAAAUAUCUUGGUUUUGUUAAAGGUCACUUUAAAUGUGUGCACACACUCAAUGCAGUAAACACCCAGGAGUCUUUAGAUAUAAGAUUAUCUGGAUAGAACAAGAGUGUCAAGUCUACUGCAUGUAAAGUGACCGUGUGUGAGCAGUAUUUAGUUUUUACAGUAAAUGAGUCUUGAAAAAUCUUCUGCCAUUGUUAUAAACCUUAGUUGAGAAGCAAGUAUUUUUGACAUUGUCAUGUUUUAUGUAUAAGUGUAACAAAUUGUAAUAACACACUAAUAAUGUUUGAGGUGUAGUGCAUGGGGUCUAUUUUGUGGAAUUUUAUUGUAAACUCUUACCGUAUUAAAACACACAAGAAAUGCAUUAGCAAGACUUGGUUCAUGAUGUUGUCAAAAGAAAUUGUGAAAGCAAAUUUAUGUCUAUACCAAGCCAAAAAUUCAAAAACAAAUAUUUAGAUUUCAUUACUAAAGGAACAGAGCUACAAAGAUGAGGUUAAAGCUCUUACCGUAAUUUUUCAACUGAUUUCCCCCUCUUGCCCUUUCUCUUUAUAGAUGGCAUGUCAGCAAUGUCAUCAACCACACAUAACUGAUACUCUUCUAUUCUGAAAUCAGUCGAGGGUAAAAUAUCCUAUAUAGAGGUCCCUGACAAAAGGGAAAAAAAUGCAAUCUGCAAGAAUAGAUGAUUGAUGGCUCUUUAAUCAAUGUCCUGCUGCACUCGGGCUUCCUGAUGUGUGGGUUCACGGCAGUGUGAGGGGUUGAAACUUUUAAAAUUAUAUUUGUCAUACUGUGCUUUUUACCGGAGUCAGCAGGCGAGGGCUGAUGAUAGAAAAGAUGCUCCUGCCAGUAGGCAGGUGGAGAUCACAAUUACUGACAGCUGGUAGUGCAAGCUGAUUGCAGAACCCACACUCAAGAUGAGGAAGAUUCAAGCAUCAAGAGAAAAGAGGAAAGUUAUAACAUCCAAUCAGGAAAGUUAUAGUUCUGAUAUUGCAUUGCCUCAAUCCAAAAUUGUACGUUGCACACCUUAUGUUAUUCAUUUUCAAUACAAUCUAUAUUUUUACAUGUUCUGAAGAAACUGUGAGUGAUGCUUGCCCGCAGGGUCACGUGUCCCCUCAGAUUUUCGAACCAAGUUGAUUUUGACCACAAGUUCAGAAAUUAAAUGGAUCUUUAGUAAUUAUUGUAAGUUGCAUGAUAAUUGUUGGAGUUUUAUUGUGCAAAUAUUUGUAUCUGUUCCAUUUAUUGUUUUUUUUUUUUAACUCUCAUUUAUCUCUUGUUCUGAUGUAUUUAUUCAAAGAUAUUGUGUUGAAGAAGUGAGUAAUGAGGGUUAAUUUUAUUUAAAAUAAUGGUUUGUUCCAAUUUGCAAAAGUGGGAAAAUGUUUGAAUUUAAGCCAGCUGCACUAGGGGGACAAACAAGUUGGACAUUGAGUGUUUGAGCACAUGGACAAGGCUAUGCUAACACUGCUUGAGUGCAAAGAAACUCCAGCCUCCAUAGUUAAGGGAGGGGAGCUGGUACUGUUUUAGUACCUAAACAGGUUUAGCUUUUAGACUGGUUUUUUUUAAUGUAACCUUGGUUUUAUGUUAAAUUUUAAACACAUAUUUUGCACCUCUGAUGGAAUAAACAUCUUUUUGGAAUGCAAUUCCUUCUCUCUGGUGUGAUUCUCCUUGUGACUGCCUUGGUUCCUAUCACACAUGGUGGCAGCACUGGG